AUGGCCGCACUUCUCGCUCCCCGUCGCGGCAAGGCUCUCAGCCAGGCCUUGUCCGCGGCGGCAGCCUCGCCGUGCCCGCUCUCGUCCCUCCUCCCGGCAUCAUCGACCGCCGCCUCCAGCACAUGGCAUUCCGCACGACGACCGUUUUCGACGACACAUGCCCGGGGAUCGAAGCUGGGGAGGACGCCGCUGUCGAUUCCUCCGGGUGUUGAGGUUUUGAUGGGCGAGCCCAAGACGUUGAGGUCGGCGACGUCGUAUAAGCCUGUUGUGAGGAAGACGAUUACCGUCAAGGGACCUUUGGGAACAUUAAAUCUCGAUGUGCCCGAGUUUGUGGACCUGGUACAGAGCGAAGAAGACAAGACUGCGACGCUGAGCGUAAGGGAUCCGAAUGCGAAGGAGCAGAAAGAGAUGUGGGGCACAUCAUGGUCCUACCUCAGCAACCACAUCACAGGCGUCUCCGAAGGCCACACAGCCAUCAUCCGCCUCGUCGGCGUCGGCUACCGCGCCAGCGUCGAGCAGCGCGGCGCCAAGGAGGAGUACCCCGGCCAAAAGUUCCUCUGCCUCAAGCUCGGCUUCACGCACCCCGUCGAGGUCGGCAUCCCCAAGGGCGUCACCGUCACGACGCCGUCGCUGACGCGCAUCCUGCUCGAAGGCCCGGACCGCGAGGUGCUCAUGAGCUUCGCCGGCGUGGUGCGCAAGUGGAGGCCGCCGGAGCCGUACAAGGGCAAGGGUGUGUUUAUCAAUGACCAGACGAUCAAGUUGAAGCAGAAGAAGAUUAAAUAA